GCUCCGCCUCUUCCUCUGACUGUAAAGUGAAUGUAAACUUGAGUCAGACCGCUUCCUUCAGCCAGCCCGGUUACAGCUUCGGCAGCGAGGACACCCUGUCUGUCUGUCCGUCUGCUUUCCCAGCCCGACCGACACUGUUUAAAAUUAAAAGGGUUUUCAGCCAGGAUCAUGGCACCAAAGAGACGAUCUGCUUCUGCUGCCAAGGCAGGUGGCAAGAAAAUAAAAGUGGAGCCUGAGACACCAAAGACCAAGGAUGCCUUCACUUCUGCAAAAGAGGCCCUUCUGACUGCAGGGCCACAGGUAAAAGGGAAGAGGAAGGUGGAUGAGCACUACUCAAAGUUAGGCCCUAACAUUGCCCUAGAGGUAUAUGAGGACUAUGACUGCAUGCUCAAUCAGACAAACAUUGGACAUAACAAUAAUAAGUUUUAUGUCAUUCAAGUUCUUAAAGGAAUCAACACUUACUAUUCAUGGAACAGAUGGGGUAGAGUGGGGGAAGUGGGCAACGGAAAACUUAACACUUUUGAAGAGCCUGAGCAUGCUGUUAAGGACUUUGAGAAAAAGUUUAAGGACAAGACAAAGAACAACUGGUGCGAUCGGUCGAAUUUUGUGUCCCACCCUGGGAAGUACACCCUGAUCGAGGUGGAUGGAGAGCAGGAUGCUGAGGUCAAGGUGGACAGUGUCGAUGGAAAGACUAAAAACUUUCUACCUUGCACCCUUAACAAUGCUACAAAGAGCCUCAUCGAGCUAAUUUUCAGCAAUGACAUGUUCAAGGAGGCGAUGGAAUGCAUGAACCUAGACAUCAAGAAGAUGCCUUUGGGCAAACUCAGUAAGAUGCAGAUUGCGAAGGGCUUUGAAGUGUUGGAGGAGAUCGAGGGAGCCAUGAACCAAAUAAGCACAAAAGCACGUCUGGAGGAACUUUCCUCAAAGUUCUUCACCACAAUCCCACACAACUUUGGCCGGAACAGACCGCCAACCAUCAACAGCAAAGAGAUUGUGGAGAAGAAGAAAGAGAUGCUUAUGGUGCUGGCUGACAUCGAGCUUGCCCAGACUCUGAAGUCAGAGACCGAAAAGGCUCAGGAAGAGAUGAUAGAGACAGUUCCUCACCCUCUAGACCAGGACUACAAUUCUCUCAAAUGCAGGCUCACUCUAAUGGACAAAGAUGCAGAAACAUUCAAGAUCAUAGAAAAAUACCUGGAAGUAACUUCAGAUGACUAUCAUAAACCAAAAAUUGUCAACGUUUGGGAAGUCGAUCGAGAGAUGGAGGGAGAGCGGUUUAGCGAGAAUGAUAAUCUGGAGAAUCGGCGUCUGCUGUGGCAUGGUACAAACAUAGCGGUGGUGGUAGCUAUCCUGAAGAGCGGUCUGAGGAUAAUGCCCCAUUCAGGAGGCCGUGUCGGUUGCGGUAUUUAUUUUGCAUCUGAAAACAGCAAGUCUGCAUGUUACGUGCGCGCCUCUAAAAAUACUGGAGUGAUGUUUCUGAGUGAGGUAGCCCUCGGCAAAGAAAAUACCAUCACCAAAGACAACUCUUCCUUGAAGAAGGCUCCUACAGGCUAUGAUAGUGUGGUGGCACGAGGAAAAGUGGAGCCAGAUCCCUCCAAGGAUGUCUUCAUCACCCUGGAGGGCAAGAGGGUUGCUGUGCCGCAGGGUAAGCCCAUAGCUCAGCCCCAGUUCUCAAAUAGCUACUUCAGCAACAGCGAAUAUCUCAUCUACAAAGAGAGCCAGUGUCGCCUUCGCUACCUGCUGGAGCUGAACAUGUAGCACUAAUUCAACUCAAGGAAAGAAGCAGGUCUUUUGAAAGCAAAAAGUUCCUCAUUCCCUUUAUAUAAGGGGCUUCCUAAAAAGCUUGGCUAUGCUGUUUUCGUAUAAUGAUAUGGCUAUUGUCUUUAUUAUUACAGUUACUAUGAAGAUGUUCCUACCAUGAUGCAUAAAUGACUAAUAAUUCUCUGUGCCUUAUAUUUUGCACACUAAAACUGGCCUGAGUAUGAUAGACUGCACUUCCGAUAUGACACAUACUGACACAUUGUAUUUACUUUUCCCUGUACAAUGAAAAAGAUUACCUUUUCACUUUUUACUUGAUCUUGAUUUUUAAAUGUCUAAAAGGUUUUUUAGAUAUUUGCACAGUUUUGUUUGAGGAGCUUACCUUUUACAUAUUGCAUUAUUUAAUCCAAGUGGUAAUGCUAAUAUAAACCUGUCCCUCAGAAAGAAAAUAUCUUUGACAUGUAAGAGGAAUUUACCGCAUAACUUUGUAGUUGUAUAGACAUUUUGAAUAAUGUUGUAUAGUAGAGCAGAAGAAAAAAUGACUCUAUGCACAGAUAUGUUUACAGGCACAAGUAUAAAGUGCAAUUUGUGGUUUAUGUUCAGGUACUGUUAUAAAUCAAAAUUUUGUUGCACUGUUGAGAAAGACUCUGAAAGUGUUUCUGCAAUGCAAAGUAAUGUAACAUGUAAGUUAUGAAUAACCUGGGCAAAUGUCUUGCCCAGUAGGUCUUCUAGCUACGUUACAAAUGCCACUUUAUGGUGUCAGUAAUGAGCAGCUUCCUUGAAUGUAAUUGCCUUUUGUUUUUGCAGACAUUACUUGAACCAAUUAUUAGUUAAUAAACUAAAGUGUCUCUUCAA